AUGGGAAAGGUGAACAACUUACCGUCGGCGCCACCGCCACCGUCGUUAUUGGCGGAUAUUAUUCAAGCGAGAAUGAAUAUAAAAAAAAAAUAUUCUGCUCUAAAAACCGGCCGUUUUGAAACCGAAUCGUUAGUAAAUAAUACACUCGGUUCUAUUAUCGAUCCUCUUAAUAAAAUACGCGACAAUAUCGGUACCCUCCGCACGCAUUCGUCGGUGCACCAGCCGCAAAGCCCACCCACGUCACCGACCACCACACCGCACCACACCACACCACACCACACCACACCACCACACCAUCAUCCGCAGCAUCGACGUCGCGACAGUCAACACAACGAUCGUUACCGGAUGUCUAUAAAAAACAUUCCACCGCCUCAUAAUCAUCAUCAUCGUCAUUAUCAUCAUCGCCGCCGCUUACUACACAAUACGAUUUGA